GGUAGCCUGUAAAGGCUGAAGCAGGGCAUCGGCGAUCUGUCAUUGAAUUUAAGUUGAAUUUUUGUCAAGCGAUAAGCACUUGACAGCUUCAUAUUUGCACAGCUUUUCAUACUGCAGUACAAGCCACAGUGAUGUGAGUAUGCUGUAUGUGAUGGCUUAUCGGCUUCUUGUCAUUACCUCGGCUGUGAUAGCUUACCUGUCCACACCUGUCAAGGCAGAAACCAGCCAAUCCACUGAAGCUACCCAGCAGUCCUCUCUUGUCAUGAUAUUUGGAUCUUGGUCAGACUUUUGGCUGCUUCGUCUCAUGCUGAAUCUUCUGGGUUAUGCUACUGUGGUAGUGCCGGCAGCUUUACUCAUACGACACCUCAAGAAAAUUAAAUACAACGAAACAGCGGGGCCUGGCUUCCUGCCUAACCUGGUGAAGCUGUGUGUGUUUGGGAAGGACCACGAGAAGGCAGCGGUUGUGGAGGAGACUUCUAAAGCUGCUGAGUCUAACCCCACAGAGAGGAGUCUCUGGCACAGCUUUCUUCUGCUCGUCGUCUGUUUUGUGGGACUCCAGACCUCCUACUUAACAUGGGGAGUUCUGCAGGAGCGCAUCAUGACCACAGAGUAUGGGAAAACAGACCUGUAUCCAGGAGAAAAGUUCACAAACUCACAGUUUUUGGUGUUCAUGAACAGAAUUCUAGCAUUUGUCUUGGCACUGUUUGUGAUAAUUCUUCGUCACCAGCCGAAGCACACAGCUCCGCUGUACAAAUACUCCUACAGUUCCUUCUCCAACAUAAUGAGCAGCUGGUGUCAGUACGAGGCCCUGAAAUUUGUCAGCUUCCCAACGCAAGUCCUUGCCAAAGCUUCAAAGAUCAUUCCCGUGAUGCUUAUGGGGAAAGUUAUCUCCAAGAAAUCCUACGAAUAUUAUGAGUAUUUGACAGCGGCCAUGAUAUCUAUGGGGGUUAGCCUCUUCCUGCUCACAAGCGGAGACGUGACCAAGAAAAACGACAAUGUCACCACACUUUCAGGAGUCAUGCUGUUGCUAGGCUACAUGAUUUUUGACAGUUUCACGUCAAACUGGCAAGGAGAGCUGUUCAAGUCCUACAAGAUGUCGUCCAUCCAGAUGAUGGCUGGCGUGAACCUCUUCUCGUGUCUUUUCACCAUGACGUCAUUGUUGGAGCAGGGCGGGUUCUUCGAGUCGGUCGUCUUCAUGGGGAGGCACCCAAGUAUUGUUCUAGAGAUCUGCAUCUUAAGCGUGUGUUCAGCCACUGGCCAGCUGUUCAUCUUUUACACCAUCUCCCAGUUUGGCCCAGUCACCUUCACCAUCAUGAUGACAGUCAGGCAGGGGUUGGCCAUCUUCCUCUCCUGCAUCAUUUACCAUCAUCCAAUGACAGUUGCUGGCUUCGUUGGCGUGCUCAUUGUUUUUGCAGCAAUGUUUUUGCGGAUUUACGCCGGGCAAAAGAAGAGGAGGAUCAAUGCAGCCUUGAAGGCUGCUGCUGCUGCAGAUAAUGUGUCAAAAGUUUAA